CGUGACGUGCUUAUAACCCACAUCUACCUCCUUUCUCUCUUCUCUCUCUUUCUUCUCAAUCUCUCCCUCUCUUCGUCGCAAAUAUGUCCGCGUUCUUGUGAAAAUCUUUCGUUCGACAGGCCAGUUCGUCGCGAUUUCCUCACUAAAUUAAUCUUUUUGUGAAAUUCAAAGCGGUGAAAAGUUUCGACCGGGAAGUAACCUUUUCGGAUUGUGAGUUCAACGGCGUGAUUUUUUUUUCACGCAGAACAUUAUUGAGUAGUGCCCUGAGAAUAUAAUGCGAUAUCGCGCGUAUGGACGCGUACACCGGACACGAUAGCUGGGUUGAAGAUACACACUAGUACAAGCGAAUAAGUUCAGCUGCUGUUUUAGUAUGAAUAAUCCGUACAGAGCACGUCCAAGCAGAUCAAGACCAGAUCCGGCCGCAGUACUGAAUUAUGGAGUACAGAAUCAAAAUUCAUGGGGUUCAGUGCCGGUCACAGGGCCACAAUCGAUCCCAGCGCAGGGUGGUUUUCAAGGACAGCAUCAGAUAGGGAAUCAGCCAAAGCAAAGCGCAGGCGAUCCUUGGGACUGGGGGACAGAUAAUGCGGACAAUGGAAACGAUUCGUGGAAUUGGAGCGUCGAUCAGCAGGCUGAGACACAGCAGCAGUUACCGCAGCAACAACAAUUGCCGCAACAACAGCAACUGUCCCAACAACAACCAUUGCAGCAACAUUCGCAGCAGUUUGUGCCUUCCUAUUCCAGCAACAUGCAAACUCCACCAAAACCUACGCAAGAUAAUUAUUAUCAGAAUUUAAAUGGGAAUAACAGGCAAAUGCCUAUGAGUCAAACUCACCAAAUUGAUGGAAACAUUGCACAAAAUAUUCCCAGUCGAGAGCCAACACCCCAACAGCAACAGCAGCCUAAACAGCCAGAUAAUUAUUCGAUUUAUUCGAAUUACAGUGCGAAUCAGCAACAACCGAUUCCAGGACGUCUCGGUGCAACCAAAGUGAGCAAUCCUCCGAGCGGAAAUGAGCAUUCCCAAUGGUUAACAACUCAACAGCCUCAAAACCAGGUCACCGAUAAUUCCGACCGUCAAAUUCCGCCUUUCAAUCCCUACUUCCAAACAAACCCACCGAAUUUCGAUUCGAAACAGCUGGCAACCUCUGUUCCACCGCAACAGCCAAUUCCCAACAAUUACAACUGGAAUCCUGAGCCCACCCGCACUCCUCAACCAUCGACCAAUUGGCAAAAUCAUACUGAAGUCCCUAACACCGGAUACUGGAACGAGAAUCCGAGCAACGAACCGGACAAUCGUUUUAAAAGUCCACCAGACACGCAGUGGCAGCCUCGUAACUCGCAAAAUUCACAACCCUAUGCUCCUAACCCACCGACUAAUCAAUGGCCACAGCAGAACGUGAACCACGACCCCGAACCGAUUAACCAGAGACAACUGUCCAGAGAUUCAUCGAUAAAUAACACGCCUCCUGGACCAAACAUGUGGAAUCAAGCCAAAGGUUUGACGAGCUCACAAUCUUGGCAGCAAAUGCCUGUUCAGUCGGAGGUUUCGUCAGGACAAUGGUCGCAGCAGCACAGCGUUGAUUCAACCGGGAAUACGACGGACGCAGUAUCGGAGGAGGACAUGAUACCCGGUCGAAUGUCUUCGAAAGAAUGGUCGCAGGUGAAGCCGCCGCUUGCGCAUUUUGCAUCGUCGACAGCGUCGACGACUUCCGGUUCGAUACCGAAUUUGUCAAGCAGCGCCGAUCCGACGGACGAGCGAAAAAAAUCUUUAGCCACUUCGGUGGCGAGUUCGACCUCGUUGAACGACUCGCCGACCGAGGGCAAAGCACCGAUUUCUUAUCAGUCACCGAGUACCAAUUGGAUCAGGGCCUCUGAGACUAAUUCGACGUCUGACAACUCUGAGAACGUGCUUUCUCGAAACAAGAAUCAUCAUGAGAACGUGGAUUGGAACACGGAUUCCGAUUGGGGAAAUUCAAGACCAAUUACCGAUUUGUCUGCGAGCGUCAGCCAAUUGAGUCUCGGAAGUGAUAAAUCUUCUCAGCAACAACAUGAAAUUCUUCAUCCAGAUACCACCCCGAGUCAAUCCUUGGCCCCAGAAGAAAUGGGACCGAGUGCUCAAGCAAUGGGAAGGACUGGUCAAGAUAAUGUGCCAGCUCAAACACCUUUCGAAACAACGCCGUCAGAGAUCCCGGCACAUCCGCCCUAUCCAAGCAACCCUAGUGCUAGUAUGCCGGAAAGUGCAAUUCCGCAGACAAGUUACGAUCAAUGGUACAAUCAAAAUGCAUCGCAGUCUCAGCAACAAAUGGGGAGCAGUUGGUACGUCAACGAUCGUUCCCGGCUACCGGUACAAGCUCAACCCCAACAACAAUGGAAUCCUGAUCAGAACGUCGAGAACUACGAAAACAUUCAACAAUCCACGGAGUUUGUUAAUCUCGAAGUCGUAACGCCGGUUACGCAAGAGCGUGAUAUUUACGGUUCGAGGGAUUCGAUAAAUCGGGAAACCCUAGAAAACGAUCAGAAACCCGUGGUGAAUAUGCCGAAAGACAAUUCGACGAGCUUACGCGACACACGACAGGAAGCUAACAACGUUGAAAUUCCACUGAUUAUUCAACAGAGCGAACAGCAGCCACCGGAAAAUUAUGAAUUCGCCUCCAACGAUAGAAACACUUUUCUCGAGACCGGCGAACUCACCGAUUCCCAUAAGGAACACGAGUCAACUCCGCCGAGUCAGGACGACGAGAACGAUGAAGUGCCCAGUGAUAUACCAUUCUUACGGGAAGUUCCUGGCCAAUCGAGCUCCGGAGAUGCUCGUAGAAAUCGCGACGAUCCCACUGGACAGGAACAGCAAAUUCAAUCCAGUCCGCGAGUCGCUCCCGAUCCAAGAAGGAAUGAUCCCACCGGACAAGCCCAAAUCUUGCCCCCGAGAAAUAUCCCCGAACGCACCGAACGCCGCGACGUUCCACCUGGGCAGGAAAGAAACUCCAGCGGUCUGCCUAGAUCCGACAACGACACCCUCGAACGUCGCAACGAUCCUUCUGGCCGCGAACGAUCUUUGCCUCCUUCCCAAUCUCGCAACGAUCCCUCCGGCGAAGAACGCGUCCAAUCGACACAAUCCGUCGCACUCGAAACUAGCGAACUCCGAGAAGUCCCAGGAAGCGGUACCGCCCCCGAAGAAUCAUCCAUUCCUAUCGAUAGCACCGUCAGACAAAUUCCUGGUGGCGCAUCCCCUAAUGAUACUACCCAAAUCUCCGACGAAAGAAACAACGCCCGAGUCGUCACUGGCUCCACCGAAGUUGGGUUGCCCGUUCUUUCGACGAGCCAUCAAGAGCAAUCUACCGAGUCGAGAAGCAAACGCGAGGAGGCUGUGGGUGCCUCGGUUGGGGAAACUCCGGUUGGGCAACCGAAUCGUCGCGAUUCUUAUGAGGAUGGCGAUGACGAGGGCUCGGGAAACAGUAGAGACGGAAGUCGAGAACGACGACGCGACGCUAGCCCGACCGAGCGACGACGUUACGAUUAUGAUAGGAAAGGACCUUAUUACGAUCGAGAUCGUGAAUACGACGAUGAUUACUACUACGAUCGUCGUCGUGGUGCGGAUUACGAUCGUGCGUACAAUUCCCGUGAAGAUUUAGAUCGCCGGGAUGCUUCGUACAGGGAAGGCGAUCGUAGACAAAACAGUAGAGACGAUCUUGAUCGUCACGCACGAGACGAGCCUGAGAGACGUGGCAGGUCGAAGGAAGAUUUGGACGAAAGUGACGGAAGGCGAAGAGCCGAUGAUCGAAGACGAGGCGAUCGACUAGACGAUCCACGGAGGCGGGAUCGCGAACCUCGUGAUUUUGAUUCCCGCUACUCGAGAAUGGAUCCACGCGAUCGCGAGUACUCCGAGCGUAGGAGAGAUGAACGUCGACCGCGACGAUACGACGAUUAUGAUCCGCGAGACCCUCCAUCGCGAAGAGAUUAUUACGAAGAUCCUUACGCACGAAGUUCCAGACCUUCGAGUAGAUCGUCUUACAACGAUCGAGAUCGAGAUUAUUAUAUGCGAGCACGAGAUCCUUAUUACGGUUAUCCUGCAGGAUACAAUGGAUACGAUUACGGAGCGAAUUACAACGCAAAUUACUUUUCGUACCUCGAAAAUUUACGACGCACCAAUCCCGCGGCGUAUUCGGAAUGGUAUCACAAGUACUAUGCAAAUCAACACCAGCCACCGGUUGCCAGAACAGUUGGAUCGACAUAUCAGGAAGACCGUGCGAGUGUCCAUUCGGGACGGAGUUCCUGCGAAGAUAGGACAACGACAAGCGAGAAAAGGACUCUUGGCGAUUUGUCCAUCCUGGAAGACUCGAGAAUCGCGUCUCGGCUGACGCCUACGAAGUUCUCGACCUCUCACGUUAUAGGUUCUCUUUCGAUUGGAUCGUUGCUUCACGUACAUGCCUGCUAUCCGGCUGACGGGGACCGGGCCAAAGUGGACGUUCUGCGAUUGGAUUACCAUCUCAUGCACGAUCCGAUCGCACGCGAGCUUCGAGCGUACCCAGGACCUCUUAUCAAGCAAGUGGGUGUUACUCACAAGAAAACAAUCAUCGAUUAUUGCGAAUCGAAGAUCAAGAAAGCAGCCAUUAGUGACGAGCCCUUCGACAAAGCAUCGUACAUUCUUCUCUAUGAGCUCAUGAUCAUGUUGAUUCAACAAAAUGGGAACGUCGUCGGAGUCGAUAUCGCUGAGCUUUUGCUCCAAAACAAAAAGGAAUAUCCGUAUAGCGUAACCAAGGAAUCAGUGCGACGAGAGUCGACUAUAUCGCAAAGGUCAGGAGGCACUGGUGGUGAUGAAGGAUCGCCGGGACAGGAAAUCGUGGAAACUGUUAAACAACGAAAAACAGUUGAGCAAACAACUGAAGAAUUUAGAGAUACGCUUUUGUAUGGAUUGGUUCAAGAAGCUUUGGAAUACGCAAUGGCCGAAGGUCUCUGGGGUCACGCAUUGUUCCUCGCGAGUAAAUUGGACAAACGUACUCACGCUUUGGUAAUGACACGUUUUGCAAAUAGUCUUCCAGCUCAAGAUCCUCUGCAAACGCUUUACCAGCUCCAUUCGGGUCGUGUACCGGCCAGUGUUACAUGCGUUUCCGAUCCAAAGUGGGACGAUUGGCGGCCACAUUUGGCAAUGAUAAUAUCAAACACAUCAGUGAAUCCGGAAAUAAAUCGUCGUUCGAUAACGACUUUGGGUGACACACUUGCGGCUCGUGGCGACAUUCAUGCUGCCCACUUUUGUUACAUAUUAGCACAAUUAGAUUUUGGUCCUUACGGUUCACCAGGUGUGAAGCUGGUAUUGAUAGGUUCGAAUCACCAACGACCGUACGAGGAAUUUGUAACGCCUGAAGCGAUAAUGUUGACAGAGAUUUACGAGUACGCGCGUAAUUUGAGCGAGGCAGGAUUCACCAUUGUGGAUCUCCAGACGUUCAAAUUCGAAUCAGCCCGAAAGAUGGUCGACUAUGGUUUAAUGGAAAAAGCGUUGUUGUAUCUCGAGCAAAUAGCUGUUAACAUCGUCAACGAUCCUUCCAAAUACAAAGCGUCGUUCAUAAGCGACGUUUACACGCUCGGAGACCGAAUCAAAUAUCACGAUCCCGUGUUCAAAGAUUCUCUCGACGAUGCUGCCAAUCUCGUGUGGUUGAACAAUCUCGCUGAAGUUUUGGAUCGUUACCAAACCGGAGAGAUUGUUCAGCAGGAUUACAAAAAUCUUCGCGUUCCCGAUACUCUUGAAAAUUAUUCUUCUGUCGAGCAAGAAUUCCGCGAAACUGUUGCACAGCCACGGGGUAUCGGACGCAUCGAUACCAACAAUUACAACGAAGGACCAACGUCUUUGAUGGAAGUGCCGAAUUCUGAGGAUCAACAAGCCAUUUGGCAGCCUCUUUCCUUACCCUCAAACGUUCAAGACCAGUACACUACGGUUGACCAAACAUCUAAUUAUCCUCUCAGCAACGUUGACACUCGCUACAAUCAACCCCAACAGUCAGAUUAUUGGAAUCAACAAAAUUAUGGGCAUCAGGAUUAUCAAGCCCAGGAUUACAACACCGAUUGGCAACAACAACCCACCAAUCAGUCGCAAUUUCAGAACGAACAAACGGACAUUGACUCGUCUCAACAACAACAACCAACUUGGAAUUACGAGUCGGAAAAGGAGGAAAGCCCGACAACGCCCGAACCAGCUCCGACUAUCUCGAUGAUUCCGUCGUCCGGAAAGCAGUACGAUCCUUUGAAGGAGCUUGAGGCAUUGGACGGGCCGAUAGAACCGGCGAAAACUAGUUCGGACAACAAUCAAACUGUGAACAAAUCGAGUGAGAAGAAAAAUACGAACGCUGGUGGUUCGUGGUUUGGUGGACUCUUCAGCAAGCUCACGCCUAAACCAAAAAAUCAAAUGAUCUUGCCGGACGACAACAAUCCAACGAUCGUUUGGGAUCCGGUAGCCAAAAAAUGGACGAACAAGAAUGAGAAUGGUAACGACGCCGGCUCGACGAGUCUCGCACCGCCACCCAAAGCGACCGACAUGGGUUUUAGACCAUCACAGCCCGAGGCCCAAAUUGCACCACCGCAACAACAGCCACAGGAGCAACAGCAAAUGCCACAUCUCAAUACCACCCUCGAUCAGACAACUCCGAAUACCACGAAAAUGGUAACUGGAAGUAACAUGUUCAAACUACCGAAAGGGCGAAACAUGCGAGCUAAUUAUAUCGACGUAAUGAACCCUGGGGGUACGAAACCAACCGUGACGAACGCCAGUAUGCCUACGCCUGCUACUUCCCCGAUUGUACCUAUGGCCACUUCAUCACCGCAACUAUUUAUUCCAGCUCCAGUUAACGAUCCGGCUGCACCAGUGGAUUUCCUGACGCCAGCCCCAGUCCCUGGAGUUCCUGGAAACCAGGGCGAAAACAACUCUCAAGGGCUCUCUCGUUGGAGCUCGACCAGCUCACUUUCGCGAGAGGUACAAAGUUACACAAUGAGGGAUCCGCGACUCCUCCAACGUACGAAGGGACCAAUGAUGUACAACCCGACGGAUGUCAAGGAUGGAUCAUUGAAAAACGCUGCUAGGAGUAGAUACCCACCACGAUAAUCGAUGAUCUAAACGCGCUCUUUAAGUUCUCGAUCUUAAAAAGAAAAAAAAAAGGAGGAAAAACCGCUUCUCAGCGGCUUACGUAAUAGUGUGGAUAUUCAUUCUUAUCCGCGAAUGAUAUUUCUGGAAUAAUCAAUCGUGCAAUUUCGGUGCGCUUUUGUGAUGUGGAAUGGAGGAUAUCGAAAGGAAAAACGACUUUCUAUGUUUGAACCGAUUUCUCUUGAUCUUCGAGAAAUUUUUUUCUCCAAGUGUUAAGCAAGUCGAGAAACGAUAGAAAAAUGCUGCUCGUUAAAUUGAGCAGAUCUUUAAAACUUUCGUACGAAAAUUGUCGAGGCCCUAUCGAGACGAGUCUAUAGUCAUAGAUAAAAAUUUCUAAAUACAUAAGGGUUCGUAAGUAGUUGCAUACGACGAAAAGCCCCUUUUGGGGGUAGCUUACUCGUGUCAUUAUUUAUACGGAUGGAAAAAGAGGGAAAAAAUGUGUGUCGACAAUGUGGCCUCGCGAUUAUACGUUCAAGAACUGAAAAAGUCUGAUUUUAUAAAGUGACCGAACUACCGUUUACGAUAAACCCUUGGGCCGGUGCGAUAAAAAUGUGGAAUAUUCCCGUUUUACUAUGCGGUGACGGUACGUUUCGGUUGAAUUCAAGUUCUCUUUUCUUUUUCGCUAGUUAUUUAUCAGUGAUAAUAUGAAGUAGUGAAAAAUGAGCGAAGAGAAAUGGGAAUGAAUAACGUUUUGUACAGCGACGAAUAAGGUCGCUCGCGUUGCCUACGUUUUUUUUACAAUUCCAAAUCGAAUCUGUUAAAUCAACGUUUUCAGUCUUUACGAGGGAGGAAUGGAUUUCCAAAUAUCAAAAUAUCACAAAUGGAAAACAUUGCUCAGUUUGUUUUUCGUUUCGUUUUCCGUCUACCGAAACGAUGCAUCGACAAAAAUGUUUUAAACGCGAAGAAUAAGAAUAUGCGGACACACCCGACUUGUGUCGUGCGAGAUAGGGUGCUGCAAGGGAUCGCAAUAAUUUUCGAACGAAUGAUAAUUAUCGUGAGGCAAAAUAGAACGGACUACGUGCGUAUGCCAAAGGGCGAGCAUUACGAUUUCGAGUCGUUCGCAAAAGCUUUGCUGAAAAAAAACGUUACAUUCCGUUAGAGAUAUUGGGAAAAUAAAAUCGACCAUUCUGUUUCGUCUUUUUUUUUUAUUGUUAUCAAUCCGUGAACGACAAUGCCCAAACGAUUUAUAAUUUGUAAAUAAAUAUAAAGCCUCAUCAUUUUCCUGAAUUUCAGACAAAUCUGUGGUGAUAACCGUUUGAGAGGAAUAUUUAGCGUCAACUUUUUUGUCCAGUCUAUAUCAGUCUUGUGCAGUCCACUUAUUUCUAUUAUUACUUGUAUUAAAUUAUCACUGGUGAAUCGGAAAUUGUUACUUUGACUCUUUCUGUCUUUAUGUCUUGAAAAUCUUCCCUUUUUUCUUUACAAUUACGAAUCUGUUAAUUCACAUGGUACACCGAACGUGAUAUAACGAAACAACCGAAAGAUGACAAGUGUCAUAGGACAGCAAUGAAAUAUGUAUGAGCAAUCAUCGUCCGUUUAUACAUACAUCUAUAUUUAUGACUACAUCAAUGAGGCACUCCACGGUGAUCGAAUUGAUUUCUUGAAACCGAUCACAAUUUUCUCCAUUAUUUUGACCCAAAAUUUUCGCUCCAUCCUGUGAAAAAUGAAAUUUUAUGCCGAAUCUUUCCUGUGCAACCUUUGAAAUUGACCGUUUAUCGAACGUUUCCAAAAUUUCGUGGAAAUUUCCGAAUCGUUUUUGAAAGGAUUUGAAUCCGUAACGUGAAACUCGUUUCCGUUGCGUACACAUGUACCAAUAGCUGUUAUUUACCAACGAAAAUUUCGGUCUUUUCAUGAUUUGAUGAAAUAAAUGUUGCAGUACCCUCGGGUGAUUGAUAAUCGAAAAAUUCCAAAAGUCCUUCGAUUUAUUUGUUGUGUGGCAAUAGCUUCAGGUAAAGGUUAAAUCGAACCUUUUCGGGAAUUUAUCGAUCGCUUCGCCCGUUAUUUCAAUUACUUCCUUCCUGGAAAUGCUUUCGGUUUCAAUUUACUUUCCAGAUUCAUCGACACUGUUGUAAUUUCAAAAAAUUAAUCAGAAACGGUUAAAUGAAACAAUACGAGAACAAUUCCUAUUGUAGAUGCUAAAAUGACAUAAAAAUCACGAAAAAAUUCGAAAAACGCGGUCUCGUCCAAUCCCGGUUGACCGGGAGUGCCUCACACAUGUAUAUAACGAAAUAAAUGUAUAUUCAAGUGCGAUGAAAAGCAAUGGAAAAAGCGUGAAGCGUGCUGAACGUUUGAAGAGCGUAACAAGAGUCGGGCUAGUGUUAAAGUUGAACAGAAGUAUUAAUUGAGCUGUAUGUUAUGUAUGUAUAGAAUGGUUUAUAUGAACGAUGUGAUUGAGCUUGAAGACGAUGUAAAAAUAUUAUAAACAAGCGAACAACUAAAUGAAGGUAAAAAUUGAAAUAUUCACGCAAUUUCACGUUUUGGAGUUGAUGUACGCGCGUUAAAUGGGAAUCAUGGAUAACGAAUAUAUCGAGUAAUGUAUAUUAUUACUAUUACGAUACGAUUGCUACACUAAUAAAGGAACAAUUGAAUAAAGAAAAAUAAAAUAUAUGUUGAUGAACUGAUAUAA